AUGAACGACCACCAUGACCAUCGAACAGAGGAAGCCGGGUCAUCGACAAUACCCUCAUCGAUCAAGAUCACCAAGCGACAUGACCGCUCGUUCUUCAUGCUGGUGCUGCACAGCAUUAUCCGGCCUUUGAAGGGCCGCGUGGUCAAGCUGCAGGACCCAUUACCAGCCGGGUCGCCCAAGCUCGAAGCCUCAAAAAGAGCGCUGAAGAAAGUCGACGUUCAUGAGCGGAUAGUGGAAGACAUACGGGUGUACGACCUGAGGCCGAAGCGGUCGCGGACGAGGAAAGAGGAGAAGAGACAGGUGGUGAAGAAGAGGAUAUACUACUUCUGCGGCGGAGGAUGGCGGUCGCCUGCUACGGGUGAGCAUUGGGCCCUGCUCACAGAGAUGGCUUCCCAACUCCCGGACACCCAGGUCUCGCUCGUCAGCUAUCCCCUCGCGCCGAAGUCCCCUGCGCCGCAGACAUUUCCCAAGCUCAUGAGGCUCUACCGCGAGGUCAUGCGCAAGGCACACGAGGCCGGAGAGGAGGUCAUCCUCGCGGGCGAUUCGGCUGGCGGUAACAUCGUGCUGAGCAUCAUCGUAAGCGCACUUCUCGAAGACGCAGAGAAAGGGGAAGAAUUGCCCUGCGCCAAAGCCAUUUUCGCCAUGUGUCCGUCUACCGACCUCCGACGACAGAAUCCCGACAUGGACGCCCUCGAAGCAUGGGAUCCGCUGCUCAGAAUCGCAUUCAUCAAAGACACCGCCAAAUCCUGGUGCGGCGAUUGGGACCCCAGCGAUAUCCGCGUCUCACCCAUCCUAGGAGACCUCACACCGUUAGCGAAGCGCGGCGUCCCUGUACACGGCAUGACGGGUGGUUGGGACAUUCUGGGUCCGGAUGCGAUUUUGUUUCGCGAGGCGUGUGCGAAAGCUGGCGUGAGGGGGGAGUGGUUGGAGUGGGAUAAGCAGAUGCAUUGUUGGCCGUCGGCGUUUUCUUUCAGGGUAAGGGAGAGUGUGGCGGCGAAGGAUUGGAUGGUGGAUGUUUUGAGGAGGGUUUGA